CCGCCAGCUCACCCCUGUGUGAGGAAUGACUGUCAGGGUGGCCCGGGAGGUCCUUGUGGUCCCUGCUCAGCCCAUCCCCUUCCCCACCCCCAGGUGAAACCCCAGCUUGAAGAGAAGGAAAACCGGAAGUACCCUGUGUUCGAGGCUGUGUCUUACAAGACCCAGGUGGUGGCAGGGAUCAACUACUUCAUCAAGGUGCACAUCGGGGACGAGAACUUCUUGCACUUGCGGGUGUUCCAGGGCCUCGCGCAUGAGAACAAAGCCGCAGUGCUGGUCGCCUACCAGACCAACAAGUCCAGGCAGGAUGAGCUGGAGUAUUUCUAGGCCAUGGCCCCACGCACCCCAUCCACCCCAUCGCCCAGUGGCCCGUGUUGGGGAGCGCGACGUAGACGGUCCUGUGGUGCCACUCGGCAGGCGCAGCAGCUGCUCUCACACUUGGUCCCACAGUGUCUGCGUGGUUGCCCCUCCCAAUUAAUGAUCUUGUUUCCCAGAGGCCUCUACAUUAUCGAUCUUUAAAUCUGUAUUUUUUAAUUCUUUA